AUGGUGGACAAAGGAUGGGUCCACAAGUUAGAUGAUUAUUUGUUGAAUGUUACUGCUAAUGUGUCUUCUCUGUCUUUGAGUAUGAAUAGUUGGAAUAAAAAUGUCUACAAAAGGCAUCGUGGGACUAUUUCCAGGAAAAUAAAAGAAUUGGAACUAAUUGAUGCCAACUUGGCUAGUUCGAAUUAUGCAAAAUACCAUAAAUUGGAGAAGGAGCUGGAUUUUCUUUAUGAGAAAGAAGAAAAAUAUUGGUCAGCUAGAGCAAAGAAUGAUUGGUUGAAACUGGGGGACAAAAAUUUGAGUUUCUUUCACAAGUGUGCUUCUAAUUGUACAAAGAAGAACCUUAUCCAAGGCCUCAAUGAUAUGCAUGGAAAUUAG